GCCACAGUGGCCGCCUCAUCGCCGAGGUGCCCGAGUCCCGACGGUGACGCCACCCGCGACGCGCGCCACCAUACGGGCAGGCAGGUAUCACGCGGGACACAACACCGCCGUCACCGUUGCUGCAACAACUCGGCAUCACUCUCUCCACAUCACACACUCACCCACAAGCACACACACACACAAUGUCCGGCUCUAUGGGGGUGUCGACCCUCAUCGCGGGCAUGUUCCUCACGGGGUGUGCCAACAGUCUUUUGGGCAAGUACCAGGUCAAGCUCUGCGUCGAGGACUGCAACACGGCCAACCCGGUGUAUUUCGAGCAGCCGGUAUACCAGACGCUCAACAUGUUCAUCGGCGAGUUCUUCUGCGUCCUCCCCUUACUCUGGGCAUGGCUCUCCAGCCCGGCAAAGGGCGGGCGCCAGAGCUACCUCUCGCGCCUGCUCGCGCGCACGCCGACGCCGGAGGGCUACGAGCCCGUACCUGCCGAGCCGGCGCCCGCGGCGGCGGAGGACGAGGAAGAAGAGGGCGACUCGGACUCGGAGACUGAGCUGCGCGUCGGGCGGCCGCUGCGCGGGUGGGCCGUGUUCUGGAUGUGGUUCCCGGCAUUCUUUGACAUCUGCGGCACGACCCUCAUGAACGUCGGCCUCAUCCUCUGCCCCGUGUCCAUCUACCAGAUGUCGCGCGGCGCGCUUGUCCUCUGGGUCGGCGUGCUGAGCGUCAUCUUCCUCCGCCACCACCUGUAUCUGUACCAGUGGGCCGCGCUACUUAUCGUCACUUUGGGCGUCGCGCUCGUCGGCCUGGCGGGCACGCUCAUCUCCGAGGCGCUCAAGCAGGGCGUCGCGCUGCCCGAUAUCCCGUCCGACCUGGUCCUACGCAUCGCGACCGUGCACAUGCGCUCUGACGACGACCCGGCCAAGGUCGCCCUCGGCGUCGGGCUGAUCCUCUUCGCGCAGAUCUUCACUGCGUCGCAGUACGUCGUUGAGGAGAAGAUCAUGGCACACUACUCUAUCGAGCCGCUCGCCGCCGUCGCCCUCGAGGGCACGUUUGGCGGCGUGACCACCGCCGCCGCCAUGCCCUUCCUCCACCUCGCGUUCCACAAGAAGUCGUCGUACUUUGACAUGCCGCGCGGCUGGCACCAGAUCAUCAACAACCCGCCGGUCAUGUGGGCGUCGCUCGCGAUUGCGACCAGCAUUGGCGCGUUCAACUUCUUCGGCCUGAGCGUCACGUCGCGGGUGAGCGCGACGACGCGCUCGACAAUCGACACGUGCCGUACCCUCGGUAUCUGGAUCGUGUCGCUCGCUAUCGGAUGGGAGGUGCUUCUGUUCCCGUACAGCCUUAUCCAGCUCGCUGGUUUCGGUCUGCUCGUGUACGGCACGUUUGUGUUCAACGGCCUCGUCAAGCCCGUCAUCUUCCCUCCCCCGCCCGACGUCCACCUGCCCCACGAGCCCGAGCUGCACCACUCGGCCGAGCUGCCUGCGUCGAUCGAGCACGGGUCUCCGGGCUACGACGCGUAGGUGGGGUGUCGGGCGGGGAAGCAAAGAAGGCAGGCAAGCGUGUCUUUUGGCCGCGGCGUGGCGGCCGACGUGAAGUACAAUUCCUAGCAUUGAUACAAUGAAUUGGUAGAGCGGCA